AAUUCAUUCACAACAUCCCCAUUCAUCAUCAUACUUUAAGUCUUUUCUUUCUAACUUGAGCUUUUAGCCAAUUUCGUUCUCUGUUCUGCAAGCUUGUUUAGUAACCAGAAAAGAUGGUGAGUGUUGAAGAGAUUCGUAAGGCACAACGUGCUGAAGGCCCUGCCACUGUCAUGGCAAUUGGCACUGCAAAUCCUUCCAACUGUGUGGAUCAGAGUGAAUACCCUGAUUUCUAUUUUCGUGUCACAAAUAGCGAGCACAAGACUGAACUCAAACAAAAAUUCAAGCGCAUGUGUGAAAAGUCAAUGAUUAAGAAGAGAUACAUGUAUCUAACUGAGGAGAUUCUCAAAGAAAAUCCUAGUGUUUGUGAAUAUAUGGCACCAUCAUUGGAUGCAAGGCAAGACAUGGUGGUUGUAGAGGUACCGAGGUUGGGAAAAGAAGCAGCAACAAAGGCAAUCAAGGAAUGGGGUCAAUCCAAGUCAAAGAUUACUCACCUAAUCUUUUGCACCACGAGCGGUGUGGACAUGCCUGGUGCUGAUUAUCAACUGACAAAACUCUUAGGACUUCGUCCAUCAGUGAAGCGUUACAUGAUGUACCAACAAGGGUGUUUCGCCGGCGGCACGGUGCUUCGUUUGGCUAAAGACUUGGCUGAGAACAACAAAGGUGCUCGUGUCCUUGUGAUUUGUUCGGAGAUCACCGCAGUCACGUUUCGUGGCCCCAAUGACACCCAUCUUGAUAGCCUUGUGGGUCAAGCUUUAUUUGGAGAUGGUGCAGCUGCAGUCAUUGUUGGUUCAGAUCCAUUACCAGGGGUUGAGAAACCUUUGUUUGAGCUAGUGUGGACUGCACAAACAAUCCUCCCUGAUAGUGAAGGGGCUAUUGAUGGUCAUCUUCGUGAAGUUGGUCUGACAUUUCAUCUUCUCAAGGAUGUUCCUGGACUCAUCUCAAAGAAUAUUGAGAAAGCCUUAGUUGAAGCCUUCCAACCCUUGGGCAUAUCUGAUUAUAAUUCUAUCUUUUGGAUUGCACACCCGGGUGGACCUGCAAUUCUAGAUCAAGUUGAAGCUAAAUUAGGCUUGAAGCCUGAAAAAAUGCAAGCCACUCGACAUGUGCUAAGUGAGUACGGUAACAUGUCAAGUGCAUGUGUGUUAUUCAUCAUGGACGAAAUGAGAAAGAAAUCAGUAGAAAAUGGACUUGGCACAACAGGCGAGGGGCUUGACUGGGGUGUGCUAUUCGGUUUUGGUCCUGGACUCACCGUAGAGACUGUGGUGCUUCGUAGUGUCAUUGUCUAGACAAGCUUGGUCGAGGGGGAAAUCAUUUUGUUUUAUGUAUUCUUGAUUAUUUUGAGUUAAAUCAUUGUAUUUGUUCUUUAUAUUUUUCACUUUCUUCACAUGUUCUUAGAGAAAAUAUUUGUUUGCAUGUCCACAAAUAAGAAUUUAUCAUAUUUAAUGCAAUUCAAUCCACACUUCAAUUGAGGUAGAAAAAACACAUCUUCUCAAAAGAAGAAAAUAGUAGAAUUGGAUAUAAGGAUUUCCAACUCCAACUGAAAAUAUAAAGAGAGUCUGUCA